AUGGAAAAGUUCAUGCGAGACCUACAGCGACGGCCGCCACGUUCUGAGCCGACCAGUCGCCCCAACCCCAACCACAAGGUGUUUGGGGUAGGUAUGCCAGAAGCGGACAUGGAAUCGAAUGACUCGCAUGGUAGUCGCGGUAACACCUUUGACCCUGACGACCUCGACAUUGACGGCGUCCGUUGGCCUCACUUGGCUACUACGGAAGCCAUUAUGGGAGAAGAAUUUGCUGCGCAACGGAUUCGCAUGCCUGCGUUCGCCGAAUUAAAGGAUUUAUCAGGCCGCGAUCACGAUGAUAACCGCGCUCGAAGCUGGGUGCAAAAGGUCAAAUCAGCUUUCUUGCGUGACCAAGCCCCCGAUUCGGAUAAAUGCUUGGUUUGGAGACUCGCUAACAGGCCCAGCACGAAACUGGUACUCCCAACUAAGCCUAUCGACACACAAUAA